AUGUUUACAGAUUCUGGUGGUCGCACCACAGGGGAAAAGUGGUCAACUGAGAAGGGAUCAUCCUCCAAAUUCGUGGCGUCGGAACAGAAGGCAUGGGAAAAAUCAAGCGGUAAGAAGUGGUCAAAGGAGAGUGGUGCGGCUGGUGGUCAUCAAAAUGAGUGGAGCUCCCAGGGAGGACAGGGAUCUCAAUGGGAAAGUUCUUCAGGUGGUUCCCAGGGAUCACAGGCCGCGUGGAGGGAAGAAUCGUCUAGCGGGUCACAGGGAUCACAGGCCGCAUGGGGGAAACAGUCAUCUGCAGGAUCUCAGCAAUCUGGCAGCUCACAAUGGGGUGGGUCUGAAGGCGGCAGUAGAUCUGGCAGUAAGUUCGGAGUAGAAGAAUCCCACGCCUCAAGUGGAUCAUCUGCAUCAGUUGGUUCCAAUGGUUUUGGUUCAAAUUUUGCUGAAUCUGGUAGCGGUGCUGCUGCUGCUGCAAAUGGUGGAAGCCAUAGUGCUGCAUCAAGUGGUGCCAGGGCGGGGUCUAGUGGAUUCGGAUCAAACUUUGCAGAGUCACGCAGUGCAGGGUCUGCUUUCUCGGACGGAUUUGGUGGAAGUCGGAGCAGUGCUGCCAGUCAAGCGAAGGCGGGCUCCAGUGGAUCUGGAUCCAGUUUUGCGAAAUCCCAAAGUGAUGCAUCUGCUUUCACAAGUGGACAGGGACGAGGUCACAGCCAAGCAUCAAGUGGCGCUAGCGCUAGUGCCAAAGGUCAUGGCUCAAGUUUUGCCGAGUCGCACAGCUCAGCGUCUGCGAACGCAGGAAAUGGGGGUAGCCAAAGUCAUGCAUCCAGCAGUUCACAUGCGUCUUCAAGCGGAAAUGGAAGUUCAGCCAGUGCUUCCAGUCAUGCUUCUGCAAGUGCCAGUACAAAAUAG